AUGAUUUUCUUUUAUUUUAUCUUUGCUUUUCAAGGUCUUUCGUGUAUAGAAAAGGAAUAGAAAAACAUUCAUUUGUAUCCAACUAAUGGAGAGUACAUAGAAUAUCCUAUGAGUAAUUUAUUUGAGGGAGAAAAUCUUUUAUAUCAUUAUAAUCCAAUUAUACCAAAUGUAUAGAUAGCAAAUGCUUUCACUGAAAUAACUCAAAUAGAGGGAUAAGAAUUUAUAUCAAUAUCAUCCAAUUAAACUCAUUUUGCUACAAUAACUAACCAAAAUCAAAUAAUAUUAUAUGAAUGGUAAAAUUUUAUCAUUUAAUAGUAUGGAUAGAUAGUAAAUAUUGAAAGAAAAUAUAAAUGUUAUAAUAUUAUUUUGUUGGCUGAUAUCGAUAUUUUGCUUGAUUGUUAUACUGAUGAACAUUUUCAUUUAUUAAAACUAAUCAAUACUAGUUUUGAUAUAGUUUAUUCAUUCGAAGCAAAAUAACCAUAAUCAACUGACAUCAAAGGUAUUUAUAAUGAACCAACCUCCUUCCUUAUUUAUGCCUAAUAUUACAAAAAUUUGUCUAUUCUUACAUUAUUCUCAUCUCAGUUUAACAAUUUAACAUCUUACUAAAAUUAAUUUAUCCAAUUAGGUAUACCUUAAAGAUCAAACCCUUAUAUAUAUUUACUAUUCAAAAAAUUCAUCUUAUAGUUUAUCUUCACUUAGAAUUAUGCUUUUCAAGAAGCAUAACACUAUGCUAUCAAUGGUUUAGCUGAUACUUUUUAAGUUUAUUACAACUACUAAGCUUUUUCUUAAUGUGAUUAGCUAUUGAUCUAAUCUUAAAGUGGUUAUUAAUAGUUUAUUGAAGGAUGUUAGAACUAAUUAAUUAAGUAUGAUUAUGGAUAUAUUGAUCCUAAGCAAUAAGUGAUUUAGCAAUAUUUUAAUAAUGAAAUCCUCUUGAUUUAAUAAUAAAACUAUCUAACAUUGUAUUAAACAGGGAAUUUCUGGAAAUCAAUUGGGUUUACUGAGAUCAACAGUAACUCUUAAAUAUUUUUUAAUCCUUACAAUUGCUAUCUAUUUAUAUUUAACAAAUUAAUUACUGUUUAUUAACUAGCGAUACCCUAUCUAUCAAUCAAUUUAACAGAAUAAUAAGCUUCAAAAAAAAAUUACAAUAUUACAAUUUAUUCUCAACCUCAAAAACUAACUUUAAAAGGGCAUUGUAGAAUUUUUAUGUCUAUUACAAUUUUAGAUUAGAAUGAUGCAUCAAUUUAUGUAAUAUACAAAUAAUAGUUUUCUCAGUAUAAAGCUAUUACAAAUGAGUAUUCCUAUUAAUAAGGUUUUACAGGCUAUUCAGGAAAAUUACUAUAAUAUGUUGCAAACUUGAAUGAUCAAUAUUUUGGAUCAUUUAUAUAAUCAACAUUUUAAGAAUUUUUCAAAUUAGAAGAGCAAUAUUAUUUAGCCUAAUUUUUAAUAUUAGCAAAUUAUACAGCAUAUCAAAGUUCUAAAAAAAUAAGCUACUUUAUCGGAGUUACAAACAAAUCAAUACAAAUCUUUACACAGCUAAACUUAAAAGAAUUUAAUUAUCUGAUGCAGUUUAUUAAUAUUACUAUUUAGGCUCAGUCAUUAUAAGUUGCUUAUGAUAUAUAUGGGACAUUAAUUAUAGGAUUAAAAGACAGUGAUAAAAUCUACAUUUACUAAAUACCGGUUUCUUUCAAUGGUUCCAAUUUUACCUCACAUUAUAAAUUUAAAUAAAAGUUUUCUGAAUUUUUAGUGACAUAUAAUAAUUUAAUAACACUGUUUUACAACGGAGAAAUUUAAAUAAUGUCUUUGAAUUUUACUGACUUAGUAAUUGUUAACUAGAAUUUGAUUCAAUAAUUAUUUAAAUUAGAUGAUUUACAUUUCAAUCCUAUUUAAAUAGCUGUAAAUGUUUAAUCAUUAUCCUCAUGCUUAUUUAUCAAUAAUGUUAAUAAUGUCAUAAUUAUCUUAAUUGGUUAAAAUAAUCAUCUGGCACCAAUUUCAAUUAUCGAUGUUAAAUUCAAUAUUAAAUCAAUAAAUAUUGUCAAUCAACAAUUAGUGUUGUCUUAUUAUUGUAAUAAAGGGAAUUACCUUUGUUUCUAAGUUUGGAGUAUUCAAAAUUUUAAAUCGCCAUUUUUUGUAAGAAAUAUGAUGAGUUUGCAUUACAAUAAUUAAGUGUAAAUACUAUCAGAUAACUUGUUUUUUUAUGUUUAAUUUAAAAAUUACACUGUGUUUGUUUACAAUCCAUAAUAUCCGGAGCAUAUGAAUUUAUAUUAAUAACUAAAUUUAUCAUCGUAAUUGAUAUGUACAACUGAAAUAGAAUAUUCAGGUUAAAUCGGAGUUUCAAUGUUUUAUGAAAAUAAGUUCGAUAUCUUAUCAGCUAAAGUUUUUAUCUAGUUUUCUGUUAAUUAAUCUCUAAACUUUCAACGCACCUACCCAUCGAUCAUUUAUAAUUAUAGUAUUACUUCUCCAUUAAAUUAAAGUGCUAUUUAAUAUACUCCCAAUUAAAGCUUGACUUACUUCUCGAAUUUCACCUAUUUCUAACCAUAUGCUUCUAAAAACAUAAAUUUGGAAUUAAAAGAGUUAAACCUAAUAGAUCGAACCUUCACAAUACCUAUGAAUAUAAUAAUUGAUAGAUAGGUAAGUAUUUGUAAUCUUCCUAAUAGUUAAAAUAAUACUUCUAGUGAUUAAUACUUUUCAAAUCAUAUUUGCAAUUUAACAAAUUUUGGUUACUAUAAUACACUUUCUUAUUAAAACUUUACAUAAGUAACUGCAAUAAAUAAUUAAUUUUUUGUUUUGUAGGAUCACAAUUAAAUCAAAAUAAUUAAUUCUAAAAAUGAACACCUUUCAGAUUACGAUUAUUCUAAUUUGAAUUUUAGUGGUUGCUUGAAAUCAACAUCUUUUAAUUUAACCUUAUCAUCUAUAUGUCAAAAUAAAACUGCACAAUAUUGGCUUAGGAUUACUUUUGAUUCUUUUGGAAAUGUUAUAGCUUAAAACAUUACUUUAAUUUCUAUGAGAUUCACUAAUAUAUCUAAGAUUAGUAAUAUAGGCAACUUAAAUUUUAUUUUAGGCUCUUAGAAUGAAUUCAAUACCUAUGUCUAUUUAUUCACUUCGUAAAAUAGUAGCAUGAAUAAACUGAAUAAAGCUUGCUCAGAUUUUUCAGUUGCUCUCUAUAAUUCUAAUUUAGAUAGAUAUUACUUAUGCACGAUAGAGUUUAAUGUAGCCAAUUGUUACCAGUUUUCUAUUGUAAAUAACUCAAUUCAAACGUGGAAGUCUUAUAACUUAAUAGUGCAAUCUUUCUGUGUUUAAAUUUUGAUAUUGUAAAUAAUUGACCAUUAAAUACUCGUGUUUAUUACUGGUAGAGAAGGUGUUGGGUAAUUUAAUUUGAUAAACGGUAACUAAGAUAAUAUGGUUUAAAACUUUGGCAUAUUUAUCCCUUCUUAUGGCGAUUUGUUGCCGAUUCCCAGCGCUGUGUUCUCAAAUGGUUUUUUACUUCAAUAAUUUCAAUAUGAAGAUACAUAUAUUAUAGGAGUUUACUAAAUUAAUCAAUUCAUCUAUGACAGCUUGAAUGAACCUAUUUUGAUGUUUGGAUCAUUAAAUUCUACAUCUAUUGAAUAUGCUUUAAUCACUAAUGGAGAAGAUGAUAAUGCUACAUGUCUUACAUUUAAAGAUGGGUAAGCUAUAUCUUAUCCUAUUAAUACCUAAACAUUAAAAUGCCAUUUUAAGAAACAUAGUAACACAGUUAUCAUGAAUAUUUCAUGCAUGAAUGCAUUUUCAAAUGGAAUUUAUGAGUUAACAUUAAACCUUCCAGAUUUAAAUAUUCAUAAAAGUGCAUGGAUUUACUCAUUAAUAGCUAUAAUUACAGCUUAAUUAAUAGCUUUUUACAUUUUAGUCAAAUAUAGAAUGAAAAAUCAUAGUUAUGUAAAUACGGAAAUAGAAAUUUGA